UAUACACAUGUGGAGACACACCCUCCUACACAAGGAGGAGGAAGAGGAGGAAAAAGAACAAAGACGAGAGGUUCCACUCUGCCAGUCGAAAGGCGAGCUUCUAAGUAUUCUUUGGAAAUUCUCCAUAUUUGGAAUUCCGCAUCUUGGGAAUUGGCUCUGAGCUUCCAAAUGGCCACCUCAGCCCAGCACAACGUUCCCGAUCCCUAGCGAUGGUUCUAACGCCAUGCCAAUGCCUGAUGUCUCCGUGGCAAUUGGGCAUCCUCUGAGAAGCCUGGAGCUUUACGAGCCCACUUCCGCCCUCUGAGGUGGUUUGCUGAACAAGCUUGGUGAUCUCUCCUGUGAGAAAUGCUUGGUGGGUGGACUGCCUUCGUCUUCCCGCUUUUGAGGGCGGUCGUCGCCAGCAGGUGCUUGUGCCCGCCGGCCACUAUUUUGUCCGAGUUCCCUUCUGAGGUGGCCGUCGGGGUCUGCUGCCUCAACUACUCAGGUUCCACGCUGGGCCUUGUGCCAUGGUCACGUCUGACCAACCACUCCGGCCUUCACAUUCUGGAUCUCUCCAGGUGCAACAUCACCUCCCUGGAGCUAUCCAGCGUGGGGGCAUCCCUACUGGAAAAGGUCUACCUAGCGCACAAUGGAAUUGCAGCAUUACCGCGCUACUUCCUGGCAGGACAGCCCCGUCUGAAGGUGGUGGAUCUGAGCCGGAACAUGCUAGUGGCGCUCCCUGUGGGAUUCCUGCAGGACUCAGAUAACCUGCUACGGCUGGACCUGCGGGAGAACCAACUGCGCUCCCUGCCGGCGUCGGUGCUACAGAGGCGCGUCCUCCAGAGCCUGGAGCUGGAUGGGAACCCCUGGGAGUGCUCCUGUUCCUUCAUGGAGAUCUUGGAAGGGGAGGAGCUGGCGAGAAACCUGACGUGUGCCACGCCCUGGACCCUGGCGGGUCGGGUGGCGCGCUCGGCCAAGCUGAGCGACGCAUGCCGGCCGGCCAGCCUUACCACCCUCUUCGUGGCACUACCAAUCCUCAUCCUCGCCACCCUGCUAGUGUGCUGGUGCUGCGGUAGGAAGAGGAAGGAGGCCCCAGCAUUCGGGGCAUCCAAAAAACAGACCUCCAGCUCCAGAGGCACCGUGUCCAACGGGGACAGGGACCCGACGCAGAAGUCAGCAGACCACCUUGGGGAGGGGAUCCCUAUCCCGGCUUCCAAGAUGCUGGCAAGCACCAAUGAAGACGAGGAGGUCCCGCUGGGGUCCAUGGAUUCGCUUCACUCAGGGUCUAAUGGGAGGAGACCCAGCAGGUCUGAGCAAGAUGCAGUUAGUGUGACAGAAGUUCUGAAAGACUCAACCGACCGGGAAAAAGCUUACAUGACUCAGUCCACGGAAUACUACAGCCUGGUGCCGGGAAUCCAACUGGACGACUCGGACCACGAGGGUUGACGUUUAGGAUUUUUCGGGAGUGUCUAAGAGUGGAGCCGCGAAGGAUGCUAAAUCUGCCUUUACUGUUUGGUUUGGUGUUCGAAUCUCCAGAAUACCUGUGGCCUUCCUGGUAUUCUCUGGGUACUCUGGCUUCCUCCCACAUUCCCAAAACAUGCAUGUUAGGUUAAUUGAAAACAAUUCCCCCAUAUACAGUACAGACCCUUUCCCCAAAAAAUUGGAAUAUCAUGGAAAAGUUUAUUUAUUUCCAUAAUUCCAUUCAAAAAGACUUUCCAUUGUUUUGCUUGGACACAACACUUUGUGAAUAGCCAGGCUCCUUAGCUAUGAACUUUUGUUGCUUACCCAUCCUAUGGAGGGUAUCAAUGAUGGUCUUCUGGCCAGUUGUCAAAUCUGCAGUCUUCCCCAUAUUGAACCCAACAAUUGAACCAACCUGAAGCAAUUUAAUGAGACCUGGGGAAACCUGUGCAGAUGCUUUGAGUUUAGUAGAUGAUUAGUGUGCGACACUUACUUUGUAACAUUUAUGGCCUGCAAAAUUUGGGCCGAUUUCUUUCACAGUAUUCAAAUUUUUUGAAUUCCUGAUUUCAUGGAUUUUAUGAGCUGGAACCCAAAAUUAUGUAAAAAUAAACAAAUAAAUACUUGAAAUGGUUUAAAUUGUGGGCCCUGAAUCUAUAAUUUAUGAAAGUUUAACUUUUUGACUGAAAUUAUGGAAAUAAUAUCCAUGAUAUUCAAAUUUUUUGGAACGGGUCUGUAUUUAUCAGUUUUAAAGCAUCUUCUUUUCACCACUGACUGUUUUCUGGUUCUUUGUCUGCCAUUGUUUGUUGUGUGUGUCUGUUUUGUCGAACAAUUGUGACAGUUUUAGCCUGAUAGGUCGUAUAGGUCGGAUGACCGUGACCUGAGCAUCCAGACUGCAGUCUUAUCGGAUGCAUAUCCAAUUUAUAUCCACAUACUGUACAAUAGAGGCCUCGGUCAGAUUUGAAUAAAAUCGCAAUUGUAAUUACUGUUCACAUUGACAUGAAAAAAAAUCAGAUACAUGUCACAUUGGGCAAAAAAUUGGAAUUGACCUGCAGUGUGACUGUAGCCUAACUCGUCCAUAGGACAAUAUGAUAAUGUAAAUGUGAGUGUGAAUGUUUGUUUGUCUAUACAAUAUGUGUCCCGCGAUCGGCUGCCAACCAGUCCAGAAUGAAUCCUGCCUCAGCUAGCUUGCUCACCCAUGAAUGAAUGCGUUAAGAGCUGUAUAAUUGUAAUAUAUAAAAACAAUAAAACACUGGAAAUGUGUCUGUGAGUGACCCCUUGUGAAAUUCUCCCCACUAUGAUGUAACAGGGGGGCCAAUUUACAUUAUCACCACCUGAGACUGUGUGAAACACUCAUGUCAAAGUCAAAAGGUAAGCAGGGCAAUGGUGAGUUUUGUUAGAUGCACAGGUAGCUUAAGAUAAGAAGCACAUACUCGAUUGCUUGGUGAAGUCGAACCUCCCAUUGGUCAAGCUGUAUAUGGGGAAGGUUUUCCAUUUGCUCACUAAUGAGACAGACACACCCCUCAAAACAGGCUCAUUACUGCAAGACAAGAAAAAGGGUACAUAGAGAAACCAAGAAACUGUUUUAAACUGAAAAAAUGCAUGAUAGGUCUCCUUUAAACAGCAUACAGAUGUACAUUCUGAUUACAUUUUCAGUACUUACAGUUUUGGACACCAGCCUUAAUCCUAUAUUUAAUCUGAGGCCUGUUUGAAAAAAGAUUUGUGUCAAUAUUUGUUUUGUUUGUUAUUUUUUACCUUCCCUAUUCAGCAGCGUUGCCAUGCAGAAUGGUGGAUCUGUUUGUCUUUUGUGCUGGAACAGUUUUGCUGUGUAACGAGAGUUGGAAAUACUCCCUCUGUUUAAUUUAUUCCAUCCAUCCAUUUUCUGAGCCGCUUCUCCUCACUAGGGUCACGGGCGUGCUGGAGCCUAUCCCAGCUAUCAUCGGGCAGAAGGCGGGGUACACCCUGAACUGGUUGCCAGCCAAUCGCAGGGCACAUACAAACAAACAACCAUUCGCACUCACAUUCACACCUAUGGGCAAUUUAGAGUUGUCAAUUAACCUACCACGCAUGUUUUUGGGAUGUGGGAGGAAACUGGCGUGCCCGGAGAAAACCCAGGCAGGCACGGGUAGAACGUGCAAACUCCACACAGGCGGGGCCGGGGAUUGAACCCCGGUCCUCAGAACUGUGCGGCAGACACUCUAACCAGUCGUCCACCGUGCUGCCAAGAUAAUAAUCAAUAAAUGUAUUUUCACAAAUGUAGCUAUAAUUACAUGCACCCAAAAAAAUGGUAAAAAAAUCAAACUGUCGUUAUUUAUUGUUUAUAAGGCCACAAAUAUACUGGUCCGGCCCACUUGAGAUCAAAGUGGGGUGAAUGUGGCCCGUGAACUAAAAUGAGUUUGACACCCCUGCUUUAGCCUGUCUGUGGAACUUAUUAGUGAAUAAACACCAUAUCACAUGCAUGUUAGUCAACUGGUGAACAGAGUUGCUGUGCUGGCACACGGGGAAAAAGCGGGCCCAGCCCCCUCCACCCACAAGGGGGGCCAAGCCAGCACGUCCAUCCUGUGGGGGAAUCAGAUUGGGGGACGCCACUCAAACCCAAGGACCGAGGGCGGUGCCCCAACCAAACCGAAGCACCCCACCAGCCCCCAAGGGAGGGGGCCAGUGGACCAGACCACCAACCCCCACGCCUAAUCCUUGUGCCCACCAUCACCCAGCACACCCCAUCGCUGACACCACCCCCGCCACGCCCGGAAAGCAUGGGGGGUCCUCAACCAACAACAUGGCCAACACAGGACCCAGCUGCCACCCGAGAAGGCAGGAGCCCGCCAACAAUGAGCCCAUGUCAAGCAAGCGCCAGCCACGAGCAAUGACGGGCGAGGGCGCCAGGAGAGGGGAGAGGAAGCCAGGGGAUCCAAGGGGAGAGGGGGACCCGUUUCCCCGUUGCCCGACAGCCAUAAAGGUGUGGGAGGGGGAGGAAUGAAGCCAAGAGAAAUGUGAAUACCCACCACCCACCCUUUUACUAUGGUUACCAGGUCUCCGACUGGCAAGGAUUGUCCCUGUACCCUGAUCAUGUGAUGUGGGAUGUCAUGCAUUAUAAUUGGGGAGACUGGUGGGGGUGAGGCAAGAUGGUCAUGGGGCAAUUAUGACUCACAACCGUUACCCUCACCCAGGCCUGUAGUACCCGCAAGACGGUCAUGGGGCAAUUAUGACUCACAACCGUUACCCUCACCCAGGCCUGUAGUGCAUUAAAAAUCAGCGGGGGCAUGGUGAAUGA